AUGUCUAUCUCUCAAAAACAACAUGCUAAUGAUGCUGAUAUGUUAGGAAUUUCAGCAAAGGCGACCGUUGAAAUGAUGAGCAGAGAAGUUGGGAGACAAGCGAAUCUGGGUUUUAUGGAUAAAGACCUACGCAAUUACAUAUACCGUAAGCGAAUGGCAGAAAUGAAAAAGGGAGAUGCUGGAGCGGUUUUGGAGUACUUUCAAAAAAAGAAAGAGGAUAAUGCAUCUUUCUUUUACUCAAUUCAACUUGAUGAGGACGAUAUGAUCACUAAUAUCUUCUGGGCAGAUGAUCGGUCAAUUGGUGAUUACAAUCUUUUUGGAGAUGUCGUUUGCUUUGAUACGACUUACAAGACCAAUGAAUAUGAUAGACCGUUUGCUCCAUUUGUCGGGGUCAAUCAUCAUAAGCAAACUAUUGUGUUUGUUGCUGCUCUCUUAUAUGAUGAACCCAUAGAAUCUUUUGAGUGGCUUUUUCAGGCUUUUGAGUGGCUUUUUCAGGCUUUUCUUGGAAACGCUGCCAAGAGGUUGAGCCAUGUAUUUCAUGGACCGAACCAGUUUGCCACAGACUUUAGAAAAUGUGUAGAUGACCAUGAGAAUGAAGUAGAGUGGUUAUCAGCAUGGAGUGCAAUGCUUGAGAAGCAUGGAUUGACAGAGAAUAAAUGGUUGAAGGAUUUGUUUGAGCUGAGAGAAAAAUGGGCAAGGAGCAGUUAUAACUUGUUGCACUUCUUUAAACACUACGAGAGAGUGUUGGAUGAUAGGCGAUUUAAAGAAUUAACUGCUGACUUCGGUAUGAUGCAUAACUCGCCGGUAUUAUCAGCUCCUGUAGAAAUGUUGCAACAUGCAGUGGACGUGUAUACACCAGAAGUCUUUACCUUGUUCCAGAAGCAAUACACAGCUAUCGGUGAUUAUGUUGCCAAACGGGUCAAUAAGUCUGAGAUGACAAGUGCUGAAUACAAUGUAUCUUUUCGUGGUGUUGGAAAAAAUCAUUUGGUUAACUAUGAUGCUGCAAAUGAAACGAUACAUUGUAGUUGCAUGAAAUUUUCUUUUGCUGGAGUCUUAUGUCGUCAUGCAUUAAAAGUGUUGGCCAAGAAGGAUGUUAGGAGAAUUCCACCUAUCUACAUUCUGAAUCGAUGGAGUAAAGAGGCUAAAGCACGAACCAUAUCUUUUUAUCAUUCAGCGACACCCAAUGACACAGUGAAUGAAUCAAUCGGAAAGUGCUAUAGUCAUAUAUGUCGUACUUUCCGUGAGAUAGCAUCUGUUUCUGCUGAACAUACAGAACUGACAUUGUGUGCAGAUGAAGCUGCCAUUCAGUUGCUUGAAAAUUGA